AUGCCGACUUUCAACCGUUCUCAGCGCCGGGAGUCCAUGGCCGAAAGAAGACCCAGUGUCACGUAUACGCCGGAGGUGAUUCCGCCGUUGACGGGAUUGGAAAAACCAAACACCCACAGUUUACGGCUCGACCACUGCGACAUUUUGAUCUUGGGCACUGGUUUGGCAGAGUCCAUUUUGGCGGCGGCGUUGGCGUGGCAAGGCGUGGAGGUGCUCCACGUGGACAAAAAUAACUACUACGGCGAUCUGUCGUCGACACUUACCAUUGACCAGGUGAAGAAAUGGUGCUUGGAGGUGAACCACGGCCGGGUCCGGCAUUUUCUGGAUGCGCAGAUAUAUAUCCCUGGAGGAAAGCACAAUAACCAGUUCCGGAGCAGAGACUACGGCAUUGACUUGAGUCCGCGCAUCAUGUUUGCCCAGCUGGACUUGUUGGCUCUUUUGAUCAAGUCCAGGGUGUACAAGUACCUCGAGUUCCAAAGCUUGUCUAACUUCCACGUUUUCGAGAACGACAACUUCAAGAGCAAAAUCUCCAACACCACCAAGGAGGAAAUCUUCACCGACAACUCCUUGAGCUUGGCCACGAAAAGAUCGUUGAUGAAAUUUUUGAAGUUUGUCUUGCAAGACAACAACGACGAAGCGAAAAAACAGCUCUUGCUUGACAAUUCCAAGGUGCCCGUGGAAGAAUUCUUGGCCAACAACUUUAAUUUGAAGCUGCCACAGGUGGACGAGCUUAUUUACUCUAUCGGUCUUGCUAACAAAGAACACACACGUACCCCAGAGGCCAUUGCCCGUAUCAAAAGGUUCCUUGUUUCCUUCGACGUGUACGGCAAUUUCCCUGUGAUGGUGCUGAAGUUUGGCGGACCAGGCGAGAUUUCCCAAGGCUUUUGCCGAAGCGCCGCUGUGGCUGGGGCUACUUACAAAUUGGACACCAAGCUUGUAGACUAUGACCCCCAAACAAAGGUGGCCAAGUUCAAUGAUGGUUCUGCAGUGAAGAUUAAUGAAAAAGUUGUGGUAUCGCCCACCCAAAUGCCCAAGUUUUUGUCUUCAAGCUACGCGGAAUUGGAGGAAAAAUUGCACCCGUUCAAUGUGACUCGUCUCAUCACCAUUGUCAGAAGAGAUUGCAAAGAAUGGAUGGCAGAUGGCGAAUCUUCUGCUGUGGUUGUUUUCCCACCAAAUUCUUUGCCCACAAAAAACGAAUACAGUAUACAAGUGAUUAUUCAAAACGGUGGUUCUGGCGUAUGUCCACCAGGGCAAUCCAUCUGGUAUGCACACAGCUGUGACCAAAACACGGCCAAGGCAAAACAGGACUUGGAAAGUGCUUUGGAGAAGAUGGAAAAUGCUCUUUUGAGAGAAACGUCGACGGACCUAGGCAAUGUGCUAGACGAGAAUGAUUUCGUCAUGAACCAACAAGGUACUCCUAUCUUGGUGAAUUCGUUUAAGCUCGGCGAAUCUUUACACGGCUUCGUGCCUAAGGAGAAAUUGGAUAUCGUGUGUAAGUUUGGCUUUGUGCAAACCACGUACGUGAACCCCGAUCUUUCCAAUGUCUUGUCUGUUCCUUCAGCUUCCAACAUUAGCAAUAUGACUGUGGCAGACUCGGAGGACGUUAUUUUCCUGAACAUGCCUUCUUCCGAGAUCAGUUACGACGGCAUUAUUGGCGAGGUGAAGACUUUGUUUGAACGUAUCACCGGAAGUGCCGAAGAUUUCUUUGAUGUGGACUUUGAAGAUGACGACGAUGACUAUUCUCGUGUAGCAGCAGGGACUCUGACUGCAAUUGACAGCGAGCUGGCAAUUGAUGAUUCGGAUUACGAUCCUUCUCACCACGAGCCGUUUGGAGCAAACGAGAUGGAGCUUUAG